AUUUCCCCUUACUCUAAAUUCGGUUCUAAUUUUAAAACAGUAAAACAAAGGAUAAAUUCGUUCUCCAUACGGAUUUUUUUUUCACUGAACAUCAAUCAUCUAUUGUUGCUUGAUCGAUCCAUAUCACCUCGGCGAGAAUGGCUUCUCAAAUUGCGAAAAGAGUCAUCGGCAGCUUCUCAAGAUGUAGUUCAUCGGCUGCGUCAGUUAGGGUUUUCAAUCGGAGCCUUGCCGCAUCGGCAUCCGAGCCAGCCUCUAAUCUAAUUCGCGCCACUCUCUUCCCCGGCGACGGCAUCGGUCCCGAGAUUGCCGAAUCCGUCAAGCAGGUGUUCAGAACUGCUGAUGUGCCUAUAGAAUGGGAAGAACACUUUGUGGGGACAGAGGUUGACCCUAAGACCCAAAGUUUUCUUACAUGGGAGAGUAUCGAAUCUGUGAGAAGAAAUAAGAUUGGCUUAAAAGGUCCGAUGGCCACUCCUAUUGGAAAAGGUCAUCGUUCUUUGAACCUUACAUUGAGGAAAGAGCUCAACCUGUAUGCCAAUGUUAGACCUUGUUACAGUCUACCAGGGUACAAGACUCGUUAUGACGAUGUAGACCUUAUCACAAUUCGUGAAAAUACUGAAGGAGAGUACAGUGGUCUUGAACAUCAAGUGGUAAGGGGUGUGGUUGAAAGCCUCAAGAUUAUUACACGUCAAGCAAGUUUGAGGGUUGCAGAGUAUGCAUUCCACUAUGCCCAGACGCAUGGAAGAAAUAGAGUUUCUGCUAUACACAAAGCCAACAUCAUGCAAAAAACUGAUGGGCUUUUCCUCAAGUGUUGCCGUGAGGUUGCAGAGAAGUACCCCGAUAUCAAAUAUGAUGAAGUUGUCAUUGACAAUUGCUGCAUGCUGCUUGUGAAAAAUCCUACUCUUUUUGAUGUAUUGGUGAUGCCCAAUCUUUAUGGUGACAUUAUAAGCGAUCUUUGUGCUGGUUUGAUUGGUGGCUUGGGGCUAACACCGAGCUGCAAUAUUGGUGAGGGUGGCAUUGCUCUUGCUGAGGCUGUGCAUGGUUCGGCACCUGAUAUUGCUGGAAAGAACUUGGCAAACCCAACUGCUCUGCUUUUGAGUUCUGUUAUGAUGUUGCGACACUUAAACCUUCAUGACAAAGCGGACCGCAUUCAGAAUGCUAUUCUGACCACAAUUACAGAAGGGAAGUAUAGGACUGGUGACCUUGGCGGGAAAUCUUCCACAACUGAAUUCACGAAUGCAAUCUGUGAUCAUCUUUGAACAUGCUUGCCCUCGCAUCCAUUCAUUGUUCCAUUCUUGUUCCACCCUCUGCACUUUCAAAUAGGAAAUUUGAAAAGUUUAUAAACUUUUAUUUUGGGAAAGCGAUUUCCAAGUUUAUUUACAGUAUGGACCAUAGAGUGAUAGAGAAAUAAAAAAAGUUUUCCCCCGCACAGUGCGUUGGUGUUUUGCAGAAACCCUGCGUGAAAGGAUGGUUUACUAACAUCGGUUCAGACGGCUAAAUUCCAGCGGGAAGCCAAUUUCAUGGUGAUUGUUCAUUUAUUUGAUUGAUCUGGUACUUAUCAUUUUUCCUGGAUCUGAGCAGCACAUGCUUUAUUUUUAUUUAUGAAAAUUCACUUAACUUCCUAUGGUAGAUUCAGUAAUAUUUUUGUGUUGUCUUUACCAAAUUUUACAUUUUGUCAUGUUAACAAUUUCUACAAAUUUUGAAAUUACUUUUUAUGUGUAAUUGCAUUUAAUUCAUUAUU